ACGACUACAGCGUAGAGAGGGAUGCAUGUAUGAACAAUGUGGCCAUUUUCGAAGGGAAGAAGCAAAAGCGGAAGCGUGUUGAUGUGGCUAGCAUGUUAAGGGAUAUGAUGUUUGGCAAGGGAGAGGUGCCUUUGCUGGAGUCUGUGGAAGAAGAAUCAGGUGCAACUGUGGUGACCAUGGACGUGCCAACAAGGUCCCCUUUCAACAGUGAGAAGCACGCGCCACCGGAGAAAUCGACUGAGCAGGAAGUGUUGGAUGCUAUUUGGGCUGAGAUGGAGCGUGGCUUCAGCUCUGAUCCUUUAGAAGAGGAGCAGGGUUCUAAUGAAUUCAAAUGCAGAGGUUCCAAGAGGGAAAAGGGAUCUGCUUUUGAAUUUACAAGGAAGAGAGAAGAUCAAGAUCUAAAAGGGCUUGGUGGGGAGUUUCAGGAUUGUGUUGCCCAAGAGAAGGGUAAAUUGUCUAGCAAGUCAAGCAUUGAGGGGGGAAAUUCAUGUGUGGAUUUUCCUUUCAAGUUUACUUUUUUAACUAAGGAACCGCCAGCGGAGAAAUCCCAAGAUGAGAAAGAAAUAGAUACGAUCUGGUCUGAGAUGGAGCUUGGUCUUCAUGUUAUCCAACAAGACUCUGCUUCUGCUCCUCAGCAGGGUGAAAAUAAUGCUAAUUCGGAUCGUGAUCAAUUUCCGGUGGAAGGUGAUGCUAACACACCCCCUCUUUUUCGCUGUCGAAAAGGGGAACACAAUCUUGUUCUUGAUGAGGAAAUUGGGCUUAUCUGUAAAUAUUGCUUGCAUGUGGCACUGGAGAUCAAGAAUUGGGUUCCUCCUUUUGUUGAAAGUCCAUGGGAAAAAUCUGACAGGAGAGAUUAUUAUUAUUAUGGGGAUGAUGUUGACCGGUCUGUCUUGGAUGAGCUUCAUGAUCGAACUUCUUGGAGUGAUGAUUAUAACCUUGGUAAUCACAAGGGGACAGUGUGGGAUAUGAUUCCUGGAGUGAAGAAGACUAUGUAUCCUCAUCAAUGCGAAGCUUUUGAAUUUCUCUGGAGUCAUUUAGCUGGUGGAAUUUUUCUUGAUCAGCUUAAAGAAGAAAACACUGGAAAUGGAUGCGUUGUAUCUCAUGCUCCUGGCACGGGGAAAACCCGUCUUGCUAUUGUAUUUAUCCAGGCUUACAUGAAGUUAUAUCCAGCAUGCUCACCAAUGAUUAUUGCUCCUAAAAGCAUGCUCCUUACAUGGGAAGAGGAGUUCAAACUAUGGAAGGUUGACAUUCCCUUUCACAAUGUGAACAAUUCUGAAUACUCUGGCAACGAGAAUGAAACAGCUCGUAAUCUUAUCAAUAAAUUUGGUCGUAAUGCUUCGACUCAGGCAGCAAAGCGGAAUUGUCGUACAGCUAAGUUCUAUUCCUGGAAGCUUGGCAAAAGCAUCUUGGGAAUUAGCUACAAAUUGUUCGAGCUACUUACCCGGCAGGGAUCCCGCGACAAGGUCCUGAGGAAGUUCCUUCUUGAACAGCCUAGUUUGCUAGUUCUUGACGAAGGGCACACUCCCCGCAAUAAGACAUCUGCUGUAUGGAAAUCCGUCUCUGAAAUUGAAACAAAGAGACGCAUCAUCCUUUCCGGAACUCCCUUUCAAAACAACUUUAGGGAGCUAUACACCACACUGUGCUUGGCAAGGCCUAAAUUUGCUGAUUUGAAUCCAAGAGAUGAACAUAGAGGGAGAUGGCAAUAUCUUGUCAAUUCAUAUGGAAAGGUUACUGAUUCCAGUAGAAAAUUAAAGAUAUUGAAAGAGAUCCGAGAAAUGAUUCAACCUUUUGUUCAUGUAUACAAGGGAACCAUACUGCAAGACAGUCUCCCAGGGUUGAGGCAGUUGGUAGUCAUAUUGAAGCCAACCCAGUUGCAGGAGAAAUUGCUUCAAGAUAUUAAGAAGAGAUUUGAUAAUGUGCUUAAAUUAGAAUACGAAGAGUCUGUAGCAGCGUUUCAUCCUUCUCUUUGCGAGAUAGCUGAAGACAAGGAGAAGAUACAAAAGUGUAGAUUGAACCCCAACGAAAGUGCCAAAACAAAGUUCUUAAUGGAACUUAUCAGGAUCAGUGGAAUUUUCAAUGAAAAAGUUUUGGUUUUUAGUCAAUUCAUUGAACCUUUGAAGCUUCUACUGAGCCAGCUGAAGCAACAUUUUAGUUGGACCGAAGGAAGAGAGGUGUUACAAAUGCAUGGAAAACAAGAAGCAAAGCUUCGACAGGCUUCAAUCCACACUUUCAAUGAUCCGAACAGCAAAGUAAGGGUAAUGCUGGCAUCAACCAAGGCUUGUUACGAAGGUAUCAGUUUGGUAGGUGCCUCGAGGGUUGUUUUGCUUGAUGUUGUGUGGAAUCCCUCGGUUGAGAAGCAAGCAAUAAGCCGUGCUUAUAGGCUCGGCCAAAAGAAGCUUGUGUUUACUUACCAUUUGAUCACUAAGGGGACAACGGACGAGAAAAAAUGUGGUCGACAAGCUGUGAAGGACCAGUUGUCAGAGUUCGUGUUCUUUCAUUCCGAAGGUGGGGCUCAAAAUCGGCAACUCUUUUCAUCCGCUGAAUUGGAAGAUAAAAUUCUGGAGCAGAUCAUUGAGCAAGAAAAGUUCAGACACAUAAUUGAAAAAGUAGCUAUUAAGAAACCAAAUCUACUUUGAGACAUGGUUUCAAUCCCUCCCUUGUUUGCCUAUUUCUUGCUUGAUACACAGCUUCACAUGGCUGUUCUUGAGUACAUAGCUUCUUAUGGCUGAUCUUCUGGGUACAUGGACUCCUGUGGCCGUAUUUUGGGUACAUAGUUUCUCAUGGCUGCUUAUAUAGCUUCUUAUGGCUUUUGGUAUACAAUGAUAGCAAACUAGCUAAUGUACUUUCUUAUGCUCUCUGCUUAUAUAGCUUCUUGUGUCUUAUGGUGUCAACUGUUUAGUGAUAACUUUUUUUUUUCCUUUCAAGGAUAAGAUGUAUUUUAUAAAUGAAAUGAACAGUGCAAAGUGGACCAUAGAGGGUCAUCAGCAAAGUGA